AAAAGAGAAGAGAAGACGAAGAAAAGAGGAAGAAACUCAGUCCAGUUUUGUUCUUGUACGUACAAAACGAGAAUUGUCCCGUUAGCCUGUGUAGCUGUCCUCUCCUUUCUGUUUCAAGUAAACACCACAACUAGGAUUGAAGGACCACGGGGAACAAAGUGAAGAUCGAGGAGAAAAGGAGAAGAAGAAGGAAGAGCGUUCGCAUGGAUGGAUCGUAUGAAUCUUCAAUGUGUAAUGGAAGUGACUGUAAUGAAAUGCAAUAUAAGGGAGUUCGGUAUGAUAAGUUGUCUACAGAAGAUCUUAAAGGGCAGGAGUUUAAUACUGUGGAGGAAGCUGAGUCCUUUUACAAUGCUUAUGCAAAGGCCAUGGGUUUUGAUGUUAGAAACGACUACAAGAGAUUAAGUAUACGCACAACAGGGAGAGUCACUUCAUUGCGAUUGGUUUGUUCUGCUCAAGGGAAAAGAAGAGAAGAGUACAUGAGUAACAAGAAAAGAGUUCGCAGGCCAAAAAAAGAAACAAGAUUCAGUUGUCCAUGCUUGUUCAAAGUAAGGUACCGUUCGAAUAUUAAUGCCUAUAUUGUUGAUGAUUUCAUAACGAACCACUCACAUCAGCUUGCACAAGCACAUGAGUCGCAUCUUCUUCGAUCACACAGAUCAGUUGAAGAUCAUCAUUUAGCACUGGCCACAUCUAUGCAGAGAGUGUCUGUUAAGCCUUGUCAUACAUAUGAAUACAUUGUUGAUAGAUCAGGAGGUUUUAAGAAUGUCGGGUUUAUUAUGAAGGACUUGUACAACAAGUUAGAUUCAAGACGCCGAGAAAUUUUACUUGAGGGUGAUGCAGAAGCUGCACUUGCAUAUAUGAGAGGCAAAGUUGCCACAGACUCGCAUUUCUACUGCAAGUUUAGCAUAGAUGAAGAUAACAGGUUGGCGAAUAUGUUUUGGAGAGACUCUAAUUCUCUAGUGGAUUAUACUUGUUUUGGAGAUGUCUUGGUGUUUGAUAGUACCUACAAAACCAAUCCUUAUGAGAAGCCGUUAGUGUUGUUUGUUGGUUCAAACAAUCAUUUAUCGACCACAGUUUUUGGUUUUGCAUUACUCAUGGAUGAAACGAUUGAGACUUACACAUGGGUUUUGGAGACCUUUAUAUCGUCUAUGAAUAACAAAAGGCCUGUUGCUGUUUUGACUGAUGGGGAUGAAGCAAUGCGAAGGGCUAUUGAAGUGGUACUCCCUGGUUGUCCUCAUCGUCUGUGUACAUGGCACAUAGCAAAGAAUGCCCGGAGGCACCUGCGUAAGAACAGUGUCUUUUCUGAAUUUAGACGUUGUAUGUGGGAUGAAGUCACUCCAGAUGGUUUUGAAAAACGCUGGAAUGCUAUGGUUAACACACAUGAUCUCCACAAUAAGGAUUGGGUUAAGAUGAUGUAUGAAAAGAGGCAAAUAUGGGCAGAGGCAUUUAUUAGUGGCCAAUUUUUUGCCCGUAUGAGAAGCACUCAGAGAUGUGAGGGUAUGAACAGCUAUAUGAAGGGUUAUCUGAUAAACGGUGUGAAAUUAUUUGAACUUAUUCCGGCACUUGAUAGGGCAUUGUUACGGCUUAGGAACAAGGUUGUGGAAGAGGAUUUUAAGUCCAAUAACUCUAGUCAUGUCCUUACUUCUUCACUUCGAAAAUUGGAAGAUCAUGCAGGUAUUAUUUUCACUUGA